AUGACAAAGAUGUUCAUACCGCGCGAAAAGUUUGCAAUCCAUCGAGGUAUUCGACCUUUCACUCCAGGAAUAGUGAGCGCGGCGCAGUCCAAGCUGAGAAAAUACGUGGAACGACUCGAGCAGUCGAAGACGUCGAGAGCCACCGAAAAAAAGGCCUAUAAGGAACAGAUUGCAGCACUCAAGGCUGAACUUCGAAGAUUACAAGACCAACAGCAAAGCCUGCCGCAAAACGCUCCCAGGAACAGACAGCCCGAACAAGAGCGUCCUUCGGUGCCGUUCCAGUUUCGGCCUCCGGCUUCGAAUCAGACCCUGUUCUCAACUUCCUCAAGCUGCGCCUCGGACCUGCCGGCCUCCCGUGGGCACUCUGCAGGAUUCUCAGAUCGCGCCAAGACACCGCGGAUGGAUUUUCAGCAACGGACUUCGGCACCGAUCCAAGGGUUCGGGGGUGCAAAUCGAACCCCGCUCAUGAACUUCCAACAGCAGCGACCUCCGAACACUGGAUCCAGCGUCAGUGGACGUACUACAGCGAUGUUUGCCAAUCUAGGACUCGAACGUCAGCCAUCCGUCUAUCGACACCACCGACAGAGCCAUGGGUCGAACCCUUCCCCCUACGGUGAGGCGCCAUUCUUUCCUUUAGGGUCCCCCGUGCGGUCGCGGAUUCGCUUCGAGAAGAAACGGGCCCACUUCUGA